UUCAAGGGGGCCGAAUACUUUCACAAGGCACUGUACAUCCAUAUUUAGACAUUUUAACUGGCAGAUUUUUCCACUUUUUCAUCCCUUGCAGCUUCGUUGACCACAAACGGAUCAGUUAUGAGCAAUUUGUCCUCUGACAAUAAGAAUAUUGAAAUUUUAGACAAUGGAAAAAUCAUCAGUGACGUCAUCGACCGUAAGAUUAAAGAGCUGAGCACCGUGGACAAUGAGGAGCCGUUUUAUGUGCUGAAUCUGGACAGCCUGCUGAAGAGACACCUCAGAUGGAUCACCAACUUGCCUCGAGUGAAACCUUUCUAUGCCAUGAAGUGCAACAACACCCCGGCGGUCGUCAGGACGCUGAUUUCUCUGGGAAUCGGUUUUGACUGCGCCAGCAAGGCUGAGAUCCAGCAUGCCCUGUCCCUCGGAGCGACUCCUGACAAGAUCAUCUACGCCCAUACGACCAAACCGCUGUCCCACAUCAGAUACGCCUGCACCCACGGAGUAGACGUCAUGACUUUUGAUAGCGAGGACGAGCUGCUAAAAAUCUCUCUGUGUCACUCCCAGGCCAAAUUAGUUCUACGCAUCGCUACAGAUGACUCCAAGUCUCUGCUGAGACUCAGCACCAAGUUUGGAGCCAGGAUGGCGUCCGUUGGAAAGCUGCUGGAGCAGGCUGGAAAGCUGGGCUUAGAGGUCAUCGGGGUCAGUUUCCACGUCGGCAGCGGAUGCACUUCCGGUUUGGCCUACAAGAAGGCCAUAGCAGACGCCCGGCACGUCUUUGAUAUGGCGAGCUUGUUGGGUUUUCAGAUGAAACUCUUGGAUAUCGGUGGAGGAUUCUCUGCCAUCGACGACUUCCAAGACAAAUUUGAAGAGUUUUCAGGCGUCAUUAAUGAGAUGCUGGAUAAAUUAUUCCCUCCUGACGGCGGGGUGGAGAUCAUCGCAGAGCCGGGACGGUACUACGUGGAAUCGGCCUUCACACUGGCAGUGAACGUCAUGGCCAAAAGAGUGGUGGCCAAUGAAGCGGAUGAACAAAACAAUGGUGAGGAAAACAGCCCAGACAAAACGAUCAUGUACUACGUAACUGAUGGAGUCUACGGCUCAAUGAGCUGCAUCACCACUGACGCGGCUCACAACAAACUGGAACCGUACCCACACAGGGCUGUUGACGGCAGCGAGCCCAGAUACCCGUCCGUCAUCUGGGGUCCGACCUGCGACAGCCUCGAUAAAAUCACUGAGAACUACUUUCUGCCGGAGCUGCAUGUGGGGGAAUGGCUUCUCAUCGACAACAUGGGCGCCUACUCCGUCAGUCUCGUCUCUGACUUCAACAGCUUCGAAAGAGCUCGCAUCUACCCUGUGGUCUCAGCUGAAACAUGGGACACCUUGAACCUGUCUCACACCUACAGCAUCAUUCCCUGACACCAGCCUGAUAGUCACACAUGUAGAUUUAGCUUCUUUCUUUGACAAAUCAUUCACAGAAGAAUUAUAUUAAUCAUGAUUUACACUUUGUAAGUGGAAUUUUUUUUACCAAAUUUCAUUGUAUAUGAAAGUGUGCAAUGACAAUAAAGUUUGAUUCUGAUUCUGA